GGGGAGUUCUGACCCGGAUGUUAACUUGUGUUUUCCGUAGCAACAACAAAACCAACCGCUAACCAUUAAUGUGCUGAAUCCACACACCGUUUUUUUUGGCAAAAAUACCCGACGCAUCGCGAAAAUGGCCGAAGUAGAGGAGACUUUGAAGAGAAUCCAGAGCCAGAAGGGAGUGCAAGGAAUCAUUAUUGUCAACUCAGAAGGCAUCCCAAUCAAGACGACCAUGGACAACUCGAGCACGGUGCAGUAUGUGGGCCUGAUCCACCAGCUGGUGAUGAAGGCCAGGAGCACCCUCAGAGACCUCGACCCCCAGAAUGACCUCACCUUCCUUCGCAUCCGCUCCAAGAAGAAUGAGAUCAUGAUCGCUCCAGAUAAGGACUACUUCUUGAUCGUCAUCCAGAACCCCUCAGACUGAACCAGAAGGACCCAUCAACCAUUUAAUUUUUGUCUUUAUCUGUCUCUCAACAGCCAUAUGUUUAGCUUUGUUUCGCUUUAUGAAAAAUUCCACUUUAGUAGAAGCUCUUUUAUGCACUUACUGUACAAGGAAGUAAAGGCAAGGUAUAUGAAAUUGGUUCUGUGCAGUUGGAGUGACAAAACUCUGUCCCUCAUUCAAGACGUCUGAACCAUGCGACAGUCAGUCGGUUUGGUACUGGACUUUUUUUUUUUUUUUUUUUCAUGUAUUAGCAUUCCAUUUAUGUCUCCUCUGUGACUGUCUACUUUGCAACAUGUCACUCUGUAGCAAAGGUAGCUUGGGAUAUAUUGUCUUGCAAGAUAGACAUAAGAAAUGCAUGCAUGUCUAAAAUGCCCAUGGCUGAAGUCAGAACUGUAAAGCUGGACCAGUGUGUACGUGUGCAGAGUGCACAGCAAACACAAAGAAACACAUCUUUAAGUCUGAACACAUGAAGUGCUUGUGUCAGUUUUAAUUUAACUGAACAUUUGAAAAUUUAGGAUUUUUAUUUAUUGUUGUGUUGGCAACAGCUGUUGAAGUGUUUCUUUGGUGAGCAGCGAGCUCCACACUACAAACAUUUCCCUGCUCUUGCCAAGUCAUUGUAGUUUGCGUUGGUUAUUUGUAACAAAUAAAAAGUUGAAAAUGUU